AUGCUCAAAACGCAGGUCGAAAAUGGAGCCGGCGAGCAUAUCAUCGCCGAUUUCGUCAAGCUUCUUCAGUACCACAUCUUCACGCUCUGCGACAACACUAUCGUGGGCAUUCCGCAGGCCUGCACCAAGUCCAAGCGGCCUCUGAAGUCGAUUCGGGAGCGGCUCAAGUCCAAAGAGGGCCGGCUGCGAGGCACGCUAAUGGGCAAGCGCGUGGACUUCUGCGCGAGGAGUGUCAUUGGGGGCGACCCAAACCUGGACACCGAACAAGUGGGCGUCCCGAGGUCAGUGGCUUUGAACCUUACCUUCCCGGAACGGGUCACUCC